AAAUACCCUCGCGCGACGAUGGCCCGCGCCGCGACAAUCGCCGCGCUGCUCCUGCUUCCGGGCGUCGGCGCCCAGCCCGCGGCGGGCGAGCUCGUGAACCCGUGCCUCAACGCCACCUUCGAGGCCCUGCCCUUCUGCGACGCGACGCUCGCCAUCGAUCUGCGCGCCGCCGACGCCGUGUCGCGCAUGACGAUCCCGGAGAAGAUCGACGCGCUGGACACGAAGACGGGGCCCAUCGCGAGCCUGGGCCUGCCGGCCUACAACUGGUGGAGCGAGGCGAGCAGCGGCGUCAUGGGGUCGCGGCCGACGACCAAGUUCGCGUACCCGGUCACGACGGCCAUGUCGUUCAACCGCACGCUCUGGCGCGCGACGGGCGCGGCCAUCGGCCGCGAGGCGCGCGCGCUCAUGAACGCCGGCGCGGCCUACAGCACCUACUGGGCGCCCGUCGUCAACCUCGCGAGAGAGCCGCGCUGGGGCCGGAACAUCGAGGUGCCCGGCGAGGACCCCUACCUGACGGGCGAGUACGCGACGGAGUUCGUCGGCGGCUUCCAGGCCGCGCCCGAGGACCCCUACCACCUCCAGGCCAGCGCCUGCUGCAAGCACUACGUCGCGAACGAGCUGGAGAACACGCGGCAGCCCGACGGCGAGCAGUGGGACCGGCAGCACGUCGACAGCAACGUCACGCAGCGCGACUUGGUCGACUCCUACAUGGUGCCCUUCCAGGCCUGCGUCGAGAAGGGCAAGGUGUCGAGCCUGAUGUGCUCCUACAACGCGGUCAACGGCGUGCCGAGUUGCGCGAACGACUGGCUCCUCCGGACGGUCGCGCGCGACGCGUGGCACUUCGACGGCUACAUCACGUCGGACUGCGACGCCGACAGCAACGUCUACGACGCGCACCACUACGCCGCGACGCCCGAGGAGGCCGUCGCGGACGUGCUCAAGGCGGGCACGGACGUCGACUGCCAGUCCUUCGUCGGCCAGCACGCGCGGUCGGCCCUCGACAAGGGCCUCAUCACGGAGGCGGACAUGGACGCGCGGCUCGUCAACCUGUUCAAGGUGCGGCUCCGCCUCGGCCACUUCGACCUCUCCUUCGACGCCGCGAAGCCGCGCGGCCCGCUCGACGAGAUCGACGCCGACGCCGUCGUCUGCUCCGACGCGCACCUCGACGCGUCCAUGGAGGGCCUCGCCCAGUCCGCGACGCUCCUCAAGAACGACGGCGCGCUGCCGCUGAAGCCCUCGGGCACCGCGGCCGUCGUCGGGCCGAACGCGCUGCUCUCGAAGGCGGACGCGGGCUACUACGGCCCCACUGACGCCGCGGACGCCGUCGUUUUGGCCGUCGGCACGGACCUCACGUGGGCCGCCGAGGGCAAGGACGCGACGUCCAUCGUCUUCACGGCCGCGCAGCUCGAGCUCAUCGACGCGGUCGCGACGGCGAGCGCGACGCCCGUCGUCGUCGUCGUCUUCUCCGCGACGCCGCUCGACCUAACGCCGCUGCUGGCGCGGUCCGACGGCAAGGUCGGCGCCGUCGUCCACGUGGGCCAGCCGUCCGUGACGGUCAAGGGCCUCGGCGACCUGCUCUACGGCCGCCGGUCCUUCGCGGGCCGGGCCGUGCAGACGGUCUACCCCGCGGCCUACGCGGACCAGAUCAGCAUCUUCGACUUCAACAUGCGGCCCGGCCCGUCGGCCUUCGCGCGCCCGGACUGCGCGACAAACGAGUCGGCGUGCCCGCGCGGCACGAACCCGGGCCGCACGUACCGCUUCUACGUCGACGAGCCCGUCGUGCCCUUUGGCUUCGGCCUGAGCUACACGACCUUUGCGUACGCGGUGCGCUCCGCGCCGACGACGGUCGACCUCGCGCCGCUCCGCGCCGCGUACGCGGGCGUCGCCGCGGCGCGCGGCGACGGCGGGCCCGCGUUCCUGAGCCUCCACGACGACGCCGCCGCGGCGACCUACGCCGUCGACGUGACGAACACGGGCGACAUCGACGCCGACGACGUCGUCCUGGGCUUCGUGACGCCGCCGGGCGCGGGCGUCGACGGCGUCCCGCUCAAGGAGCUCUUCGGCUUCGAGCGCGUCCACGUCAAGGCCGGCGAGACGAAGACCGUCUACCUCUACCCGGCGCUCUCCAAGUUCAAGACCGUCGCCGAGGACGGCGCGCUCGCCGCGCGGCCGGGCGACUACGCGAUCGAGUUCGGCAUCCCGGAGACGCGCGGCCGCAUGGGCUACGCCGCCGCGACCCUCGCCGCUUUCUGAGGCGGCGAACCGCGCCCUUUUUUUGUGCCCCCCGGGCGUUCCUUAAGACGGACCCGCUU